UGAAUUUUUUUAAUAAUUCAAAACUAAAUUGUACUUUCAAGGGGGUUCUCAAACCCUUAGCUGAGUAUCCGAAGCUCUUGCUUGUGUUCAAUACAGGGAUUUCUUUAUUGAUUAAAUAAUGGAAGCGCACCUUUCAAAGAUCUCAACGCUGCCGGCCUCACCAACCGAAUCUGCAGUCUCCGUUGGGAUGGAUGAAAGCCGCGCAGAUAAAAGCCCCGCCCCCGGUAAAUCCUUGAGCCCCGCCCUGUUGUGUAAAGUGUGCGGAGACAGGAGCAGUGGCAAGCACUACGGGAUCUACGCUUGCAACGGCUGCAGUGGAUUUUUCAAGCGCAGCGUUAGGAGGAAACUGAUUUACAGGUGCCAGGCAGGGACGGGGAUGUGCCCAGUGGACAAAGCACACCGCAACCAGUGCCAAGCGUGCCGCCUGAAAAAGUGCCUGCAAGCCGGUAUGAACAAAGACGCCGUUCAGAACGAGAGGCAGCCGCGCAGCACGGCUCAGGUGAGUCUGGACAAGAUCGAAGUGGACACGGAGAAGGACCACCUGGCCACCACGCGGGAGCCCACCUCCUCGUUCUGUCCAGUCAUCACGCGUCCGCCGCUCCUCACGUCUUCCAUGUCGACCCCCUCGCAGCGCUCUCUGAGCCCGCAGAACAACCACCGUUUCAUGGCCAGCCUCAUGACUGCCGAGACCUGCGCCAAGCUGGAGCCCGAAGACGGGGAUGAGAACAUUGAUGUGACGAGCAAUGAGCCAGAGAGGACCUCCUCAGAGUACCAGAUGUCCCUGUAUCCCUCCAGCAGCCUUGAGAACGUGUACGAGACAUCCGCCAGGCUGCUCUUCAUGGCAGUCAAGUGGGCGAAAAACCUGCCCGUCUUCUCCAACCUCCCCUUCAGAGACCAGGUGAUUCUGCUGGAGGAGGCAUGGAGUGAGCUGUUCCUCCUGUGUGCUAUCCAGUGGUCCUUGCCCCUGGACAGCUGCCCGCUGCUCUCUGUGCCCGAGCUCUCCCCCACCCUGCAGGGUAAGACCAGCUUCUCCGGCCCGGACCUGCGUAUCCUGCAGGAGAUCUUCACUCGCUUCAGGGCCCUGAACGUUGACCCCACCGAGUUUGCUUGCUUGAAGGCCAUCGUUCUCUUCAAACCUGAGACACGUGGUUUGAAAGACCCCGAGCAGGUGGAAAACCUGCAGGAUCAGUCGCAGGUGAUGUUGGGCCAGCACAGCCGCACUCACUACCCCAGCCAGCCCGUCAGGUUUGGGAAGCUCCUGCUGUUGCUCCCCUCUUUGCGGUUUGUAGCCUCUGAAAGGAUAGAGCUGCUGUUCUUCCACCGGACCAUUGGUAACAUCCCCAUGGAGAAGCUGCUCUGCGACAUGUUCAAGAACUAGAGAGGCUGACAAGACCGCCUCCCUGACCAAAACAACUGGGGGUCACUGGAUACGAGACCUGCUGCUCUGCGACAUGUUCAAGAACUAGAGAGGCCGACAAGAGCGCCUCCCUGACCAGAACAACUGGGGGUCACUGGAUACGAGACCUGCAGCUCUGCGACAUGUUCAAGAACUAGAGAGGCUGACAAGACCGCCUUCCUGACCAAAACAACUGGGGUCACUGGAUACGAGACUUGCAAUCUGCCUAAAAGACCUGAUUAAAAACAGUAUUUCUCUUAGUGUUUGCAUCAGGAGUUAGGUGCGCUUUCUCGAUAAAUUCCAACAGAUCCCAUCCUGGGCUAGCCGGUACUGUGGUGCUUUGGGGAAACAGCCGAUCAACACAAUACAGUGAGACGAAGAAGGAAUGGCAGCUCAAACGCAUACUGUCACAGCAGAACAAAUAGCAAAGCAGAUAGGACUGGCAUUUCUGGAUUGUGUGUGCUGGUUUGAUAUUCAGAAGACGGCAACCUGUGCUGUCUCCCACGUACCCAACCAAGGGAAGAUAUUACCUGCACCACUCAGUAAUCUGCUGCAGGCUGUGUAGAAGCUAUGCUACUGCAGGCAUUGUAGUAGAGAAACAGACUGAACUCAAGAAGUGUAAUGUAUUGGUAAUGUUUUAGAUAAACCACUGCUGUGUGA